UAAUAUUUAAAUUGAAAUAAAAAGUUAAGUUCCCACCAUGGAAGAGUCCCCAGAAAGGUUCCAAACUCCACCGAGGACAACGCUUAGGAAGUGUUUCUCAGUGCCAAUAAAAACCGAUAUGCCAAGAGAUGUAAUCCUCUCUUUCUCGAAUGAAGUUAUCAGGACCGAGGAAGAAGGAAAUUUAAGUGACUACAUUCCGACGUUAGAUCAACGGAAAUUAGUACCCACACAUAGAUACAACGGAAGGGAGUGGAUAGAUUGAGAUCUGAACUGAGAACUUUCGAUCUCAGUCGAUAACCCAGAGCUUUGUUGCCCAACGGACAUUAGCAGCUUGUCCUUCUAUACCCAAAAUAUAUGGUUCAAGAAAUAAGAAUAUGGAUGAGAGAUUUAAAAAUAUCAUUCAAAUGAUCAAAGAGUCAAAAGCCGAUUUCAUUUGACUUCAAGAAGUUAUAGCCCCUUUCUUCGAAAAAUUGGUCCAGGAUGAGUACAUCAGAGAUAGGUACUAUUUUUCAGGAAACACCAUUAUUGAUUACGGCCUUCUAAUCCUAUGCAAGUGGCCUUGCUAUUUCUACGAUUAUACUUACAAAAAUACAUGGAUGGACAGAGGGUUUCUAGCCGCUGAAACUGUCUUUAACGGUCAAACUUUCAUUGUAGGGACAACUCAUCUUGAAAGUUUGGACAAUGCUACGAAACGAAAAGAACAAAUGGAAUAUAUCCAGACGGAAAUCCUUAAACACAAGGACGCAAUAUUCAUGGGUGAUCUCAAUUUCGACUUCAACUGGCCAGAUGAGGGCAAAAACCUUGAUACCAAGCUCUUCACAGAUCUUUGGACAGAGCUUAGGGAUAAGAACGAAGAGGCCUUCACUAUGAAUGGGACUACUCGUUUCAAGCCUGUUGUCCUUGAUCACGUGCUCCUUUCCAACAGUUCCCAGUUCAUACCGAAGUACAUCAAGCGAGUAGGAAAUUACUGCUGAAGAAACUUCGGGAGAGACUUAAUUAACGAGAUCAGAGAAGAUGAUGUUGUAAGAACUCCUUCAGAUCAUCUUGGUCUUUAUUCUAUUAUCAGUUUAAAUUAAUUCAUUUCAGUCGUUUUCAAACACUCU